AUCACAUUCGCUCUCAGACCGUGUGUCUGCCUGCUCAGGAAAAAAAAAAAAACGCUGGAAAGUUCAGUCUCUAACUCAGUGAACCUAUGAAAGAAACCGGAUGACGGAUAGGUUUUAAGUUGGACUCGCGUGUCCGUGUUUGUUUUUUCACUUUAAGUGAGUGUGGGGUUGUUUUUUUUUAGACGUUUUCAGACUGGUGCUCCGGAACGCGAACUGCUUUGGGAUUGACGCUCAUCUCGAAGUUCCCAAGAUGAACUUCGGUCCGGUGGUCGGAAAACUUUUUGUGGUCGUGGCAGGACUGAUUGUUUGCCACGCGGCAGAACUCCCGGCCCCUCAGUGGUCUGGAGAGGAGUACAGAAACCUCACUCUGAGACGACUCAGGACAUGUGUGGAGAAUGAGCAGUACCCCCACCAAGGACUGUGCUGCGUGAACUGCAAGGAGGGAACGUUUGUGCAGAAGCCAUGUGAAGGUGAUCUGGAGGAAGGAACAUGCGUGUCCUGUGAACACGGGCAGACGUACACCGAGCAUCCAAAUGGGAUGAACCGCUGUCUGCCCUGUACACACUGUCGCCCGGACGAAAGAGUAAUCACUCCCUGCACGACCACAACGGACACCAAGUGCGAGUGCAAGCCCGGCACCUUCUGCGUUCCUGACCAGGCCUGUGAAGUCUGCAAACGCUGUGCCAAGUGCAAAGUCGGCGAGGAGGAGGUGAAGAAUUGCACGCCCUUUUCCAACACAGUGUGCCGAAAACGAGACCCGUCCCCGACCGAAACGGUUACGCCUCGGUCUCCUCCGGUUCCCGACCCGCCAACAAACACCUGGUUUCUUGUAUUAAUGGUCUUGAUCUGCAUCGUGGUCAUUGUCGUCUUUGCCAUUAUUUUGUGGUUCCUACGGAAACAGCACUCAUGCGACGUACCAUGGUUCAAAAGCUCUUGUGAAUCGAGCGAAAUCGUAAAGAUUCCCAUCGAUGAGAGUGGAGCCACUGCGGAGGAGAAGCAGAACAACCAGAACGCGGGCCUGGAGGGCGAGGAGCCCCGCCCGGAGUCGCGGCCCCUGCUGCAGGAGACGCAACCCGUGAUGACCAAGGCCUGCCCGCCUCUGGAGGACGAGGACCGCGGACUGGGCGACAGUUUGCCCAACACCACCAGCUCGUCCCAGACGAGCCUGUCGGCGCUGCCCACCGCUGCCUCCACUGGCAGCACCCCGCACCACAGCCCCGCCGGCUUCAGACAGUUGCCUUCAGACACGGAUGACCCUCUUGGACAUCGAUUGCUGCCACUGCUCGGGUCGGAGAAGUCCCUCAGGAAGAGCUUCGACUUGUUCGACGAAUACCUGGACGUUCGGAUCCACAACAAGUUCUUCCGACUGAUCGGCAUCAGCGACAACCACAUUCGGAUCGCCGAGAGCGGCGCCCCCGGCGACAAAGUGUACGAACUGCUGAAGAACUGGAUGCAGAGGCAGGGGCUGAAGGCCGACAUCAACGACCUGCUGGAGGCGCUGCUGAGCAUGGACCAGCGGCGCUCGGCCGAGUGCAUCGCCCACGCCGCCCUGAGGAGAGGCUACUACAAGCACGCCGACACCCCCUGAAGCUAACGAAGCUAACGCCAACGCUACUCGCCACCGGAACAAACUACAGCCGCCGUCGGUGGACGCCGUGUCUCACAGAACAGGGCUUACCUCCUUUUUGUGGCUGUUCAGCCAUGCUUUUAAAAGCCAGUAGUUUUUUCUUUUAAAAACAAACAAACCAAAAACAAAAACGAAGCGUAAAAAAAAGGGGAAAGUCAAGACACACCGAUCAGUUGUUGACUAUUUGCCAAAUGCUGAAGCAAAUAAAAAAAAACGUUCAAAUAUGCUUUUGAUGGAAGCCCGAAGGCUUCAACUGUUGCGUUCUGACACAUUUGGAUGUUCUCGGCUGUCGGUGAAGAGGCCAGACACUGAAAGCACAGAAGUCUCCAGCCGUGUCCCACCCAAGUCACGAGACACUACUGGCCGGAGAAAAUGGGGGGGAGGGGACGAGGAUAAUAUACACUGGUUUGUAGGAGCGGCAUGGCGUGUGCCGCUAAUACCGUGCCUGUUCGAUGCACUGAUACCUGGUGGCACAUGUAGAACUGAAAACAGGUCAAGUUUCAAUGUGUUCUGUAGAUUCAAUCCUCACCGCAAAUAUCAGUCCAAGAAUACUUUUCUUCUCUAAUGGUGGAAAAUAUUCACAAAUACUAACAUCCAUCCCUACUAAUGACGUAUUUACCUCUUCAUCAUUGUUUGUUUGUUUUUUUUUUCCUACAACUUCAUUAUGUUUCUCAAACUGUGUUCUAGUUGUGUCCGCGGUCUUUGCGUGUUCAGUGUUCUCACUUUCAAACACUGUAGAAGGAAUUUACAGGACGUUUCUAAUCGGAGCAUGCGUCGAUGGUCGCCUCGACGUUUCCGUGGCGACUUGGAGAAGUUCAGAGGUCAUUCUAUUUAUUGUCAUAUUUAUUGAGAGGAUUAUUAUCUGUGAUUAUUUAUACCAUUGCCAAAAACACACGGUCAUUGUGACGUCCCUGCAGGGCAAAAGAAAAAAAAAAGAAGAAAUGACUGAGAUCAAAUCCUUUCACGUUCAAAAGCAACAAAAAAAUGUAGCUUUUUUUUUUUAAUUAUUAUUAUUUUUAUUUUCUUUCCUGUUCCUGCUUGUCGGACAAGGUUCAGAACGACAAUCCGGCUUUGCGCGUCAAGUGUGAUCCGUGUGCAGAUCACACUUUCCUUUUUUUUUUUUUUUUUUAAAUACCAACUGAUUUCCGUAUUCAGGACAGAGUGGAGGUUUCCAUGACGCCUAAAGCAGAAUGUAUCUCGUCGAAUUAAAUUUUCAUUAACUUCGGACGUUCAACCCGUUUUCGGCUAACCGACUGAACGCGUGACCCGUCGCCCGAAUCCACGAGACGGGGGGGGGGGGGCAGGUUACACGCCGUUUCCUGGUGAUGCAAGAUGAAGGAAAUCUUUUCUGGAUAUAAAAAGAAGCUCAGAGUUUGUGUUUUAAAAGUUCACCCUCUGCGCAUACAUGCAUGUGCAUCCACAAGCCUUAGAAAUGUAUUUAUAUAUUCAGAUGGAUUUAGAAAUCAAAGUGAAAAUCAUGAGUUAUGGAACUGCUCAUCAACCAGAAACAGGUUGUUGUUGAUUUUUUGCGUGUUGUUUUUCUUGUUUAUGCCCAUUUGUUUUUUCUGCAUACUGUUAUGUAAAAAGCACAGAUUUAGAGUUAUAUAUUGUUGCUGAUGAGUGAUGCUACAGUGCUGGCACUGCCAUCUAUUGACAAAACCAUGAAACUGCAGCCUGCAUCCGUUUCUAGUUACUCUUCACGCCCAUCCUGUUUUAUUUUCCCAUGUCUGUUGCAUCCAUUUUUCAGCUGAAUUCUCCUGUUGGCCUGAUGCAGCAGAGCAGGGAAAAUGAUUCAGUUCUCUUGUUUACUCCAUACCACAUCAUGUGUGUGUGUGUGUGUGUGUGUCUGUAGAAUUUUUUUUAAUACCUCUGUUUUUAUAUGCCUUUGGUGCAAGUCUAAGCUGUUCAGUUAAUUUCCAUUAAGUUCUGUAAUUGCCAGAUUACCGUUAAGCCAUUUUUUCCCCCCCUGAGUUACUGUUUGGUUGUCAUGGAUCUUUAAAUACAAAGUGAUGUAAAUACAACAAAGCUGUUUUUACAUUAAGUUCAAAUAAAUGUUUUGUACAGUUAUAAAUGUAAAAUGAGUGUUUUAAUUGCUGCUUCCCUGGAAAAAGUAUCACCGGUUGCUUGUUUUUUUGUUUUAUAUUUUCAGGAUUCACAGAUGUUAAUGCGUUCACAGCUCUACCUAUUAUCUUGUCUCUUAGUGGUAUUCUUAGUGUGUUCUGUUAAACAGGAGGUUGCAAAUGCUCCUAAUUAGCGUAUGGUUGGGUAAGAGUUUGAAUCAGUCUUCACUAUUUGGUAUUUACAGAGAUAUCUCAGACUGGUUCUUAAUUAAAAGAAAUGUGUAAAAUCACAUCACUUUAUAGACUUCUCGAAAGUCCUCUUAUUAAACACUACAGUUAUGCUUUACUGCAAUUAAAGCUUCUAGUCUUUUGGAGUUUUUUUUUUUUUUCACGUCUACAGAUGUCCUGUCAGUCAGAACGGAUGCAGAAUGUCUGUAAACAAAUAUCAGGUUUAAGUCGGUAAACCUCAUCAUAUUCGAGUCUGUUUCUGCCCUUUUAUAGUUCUUUCUCUGAACAACAUGAAUUUAGUUUCAUCCAUCUUGGAUGAAACUUGUAUCUUAUAGCUUCAUUCAACAAUCCCUUUAUACUCGAGAAUUUUAGAGGCCAGACUAUUAGCCUACUUGUCGUGUCUCCAGUGUUCCACCUGAGCUGUUUUCUCUUGCUUGCUUGAUUAAUGCGCCUCCAGUGACUUGCUUAAUUCUUGCAAGUUAAAUGGGUGCAUGAAAAGUAAAAUGGAUGAAAACAAUGGUGAGAGAAAAUCCAUUUGUCCAUUUGCUUUUCUCUAAAUUAGUUUUUAGAGAAAACUAAAAACUAAUUUCAACGAUUUCCACAAAAAUUUCCACAAAAUUCAACGAUUUUGUGGUAAAAUCGUUGAAUUUACGCAUUGCCCAUUGAAACACAGAAAGACAGGGACGAGGUAGUGCAGUACUGUGCCUCACCUCCGGUGGCGCUGUCACACAAAGUGAAUGAAGGCAGGCAGUUGGCGCAUUCUCUUAAUUUCGCCAAUAUACUUGUUUAGUUACACAUGUUCUGUAUAUACUGACGUUCCGCAAUCUAUCUAAUAUAUUUAAUUAAUGUGUGUGACAUGCUUAGUAUUCACGAUCGGCCACAAAUAUGCAGUGAAAAUGCGCAGUGUGAGUGUGAGUACAGUACCUAACUGAUAGGGGGCAGUGCUGAGUCCCAUAGACGACAGGUGUUCUUCUUCUACGCAUGGAAAGGACGGGAAACAAUCGCAAAAAUAGAGAAAACACGAAUGGAAUAGAACCUUUCAAGGCCAGGCUGUAUGCCUGUCAGGUUUUUGUAAAUAAAAGGAAAAUGAGACAGAAACGAGGACUUUUGUUGUUUUUACAACAGAGUGACAGACAUUUGUGGACAAGGACAGGUGCAUGGACUUCACAUAAAAAUAAAGCCUCCCGACCUCCACUUCAGUUCUUCCUGUUAUAUCGCGCCGACCGACAUGGGGAACACGAGCUCUGCCUGCCAGAUGAGCAACUACAGCAAAAGGAACGUGCGUGUUUUCAUCAUGGAGGAGGCCCAGGAGAUCGACGCCUUCAUUACUGCGCAGAGCGGUGGCGGCGAUGACGAGUCUGCGCUUCCGGGAACUAAAACGUUUCGCUUCAGGAAGGACGUGAGCUGCGUGCGCGUGCUGGCCUCGCAGACUCAGGAAGUGCCCUGGGAGCCCGAGCGCUUCCUGUCCGUCUUCGUGGAGGAUGAAGAGGACGAGAACAUCUGCUCCAAGCAGAUCAUACACAACAUGUCGCUGAGUGCUCCAGUCACCGUUCUGCUCUACGAUGUGUGAUACACCCACUGUUAACCGCACACAUGUUACAAACAUAAAAUGGUUAUAUAAUUGUUUCACACCCACAAAUUAUAAUCACCCUGCUAUUUACAUAUCUUGUGGCACUCCCAGUAAAAUGACUUCAUUGUGGCCUUUAUGUAUCUGCUCAGUUAUUAUAAAGUAAAAUGAGAUUUGG